AUGAAUGAUAUUGAAACGGAUUUGCAGCGCUUUCGAUUUCCAUCAACAACGACAAGAGCACCGCGAAGCAUUAUGAAAUACUAUCGAUUAAAAGCGAACGAAUCACGAGUUCUUCUAUUGAUAACAUAUCCGAUCUUUAAAAAAUAUCUAAAACCUAUAUAUUAUAAACAUUUACAAUUGUUAUCAUUUGCAUUACAGUUUUUACGUCAUAAAAAAGCUUAUACUUUCUUUAUAUUAGGCCGUAUUGCAUCAACAGUUAAUGGAACAAAAAAUCUACCACGUGAAAUUGAAAAUAAUUUACAAUUAAUUAAAAAUUCGUCAAUUUUACUUGAUAUGUACUGUAUUUCAUCACCAUUAUAUCUAUUUAUAUCUGAUCUUCAAGAUUGCAAAUCAAAUUCACCAAUAGUAUCGAAUAAUUAUCAAGUACAAAAACCAACAUCAACCAUCCAUGAUAACGACAAACAGGAGCUGUUGUUGAAAUUUGAUUCACAUGAUAAUAUAAAACAAGAAUCACCAGAAAAAGAAGCAAUAUUUAACGAUGAAGAAAAAGUUGAAAAACAACAAGAAUUGAGUAUCAACCUAGACGCACUGAAACAAGAACAUAAAAUAAACUUAUGUAAUGAACCUGAAGAAGCUUUACCAAAUUCAGAACUAAAACAAGAAGAAGCAAUAAAAGAUGAACAAGAUCAAUCAUCAUUAAAACGAAACUUUGUUUAA